GUGAUUUGGUACAAAACGAUGAUGAUGCCGAUUUUAAUAAGUGCGCCACAUGGGGCAGCAAGAAAGCAGGGGGCAAGGAGGCCAGUUGGAGGCCAGCGAAUGAAUGACGCGCGCACUGCGAUUCGCGGCGACUGUGCGCUCCCAUUUGACUCGGGUCUCUAAAGCCAACGUCCCACGGAGUCGCACCCCUCCAGUCGCCGCAAUGAAGUACAUCCUGGUCACCGGCGGCGUCAUUAGCGGCAUCGGCAAAGGUGUAAUCGCCAGCAGCGUGGGUACCAUCCUCAAGUCGUGCGGCCUCCAGGUCACGUCCAUAAAGAUUGAUCCGUACAUAAACAUCGACGCCGGAACAUUCUCGCCGUACGAACACGGCGAGGUGUACGUUCUUGAUGACGGUGGAGAAGUGGACCUUGAUUUGGGAAACUACGAGCGCUUUCUGGACAUCACGUUGCAUAGAGAUAACAACAUAACGACAGGCAAGAUCUAUCAGCAUGUCAUCAACAAGGAGCGAAAGGGAGACUACCUCGGCAAGACUGUGCAGGUCGUUCCACACAUCACGGAUGCCAUUCAGGAGUGGGUUCAGAAAGUAGCACUUAUUCCUGUCAAUGACUCUAACCAGACGCCAGAAGUUUGCAUCAUUGAGCUUGGAGGGACAAUAGGUGACAUAGAAGGAAUGCCCUUCGUGGAGGCUUUUCGACAGUUUCAAUUUCGUGUCAAAAGAGAGAACUUCUGCUGCGUCCAUGUCAGUUUAGUGCCACAGCCCAAGAGCACCGGUGAGCACAAGACAAAGCCGACGCAGGCUAGCGUCCGUGAAUUGCGAGGCUUGGGUUUAUCUCCAGAUUUGAUUGUUUGCCGCAGUGAAAAUGAGAUCACAAAAGCUGUCAAGGAUAAGAUUUCCAACUUUUGCCAUGUUGAGCCACGACAGGUUCUCUGCAUGCACGACGUGCCUAGCAUCUACCAUGUGCCGAUCUUCAUGGAGGAACAAGGCAUUGUCGAGCUUUUCGCGGAACGCCUUCACCUUCAGGUCCCAAUCCCAAGACCACCGCGUCGUCUGAUGUACAAAUGGCGUGACCUUGCCCUCAAGACAGAGAGGCUCAGGAGAGAGGUGACUAUUGCCCUUGUGGGAAAGUACAUCAAGUUGCAGGACGCCUACUCCUCGGUUAUCAAGGCUCUCCAACACGCUGCGCUUGCUAGCAACCACAGGCUGAUGAUCAUGUACAUAGAUGCAGAAGAGCUGGAGCCUACUAUGAAAGCUGAGCACCCGGUCAAGUUUCAUGCUGCCUGGCAGAACCUGUGUAUUGCAGACGGCAUCAUUGUUCCCGGAGGCUUUGGAAGCCGAGGUGUGGAAGGAAAGAUUGCUGCCAUUGAAUGGGCCCGAAAAAAUAAGAAGCCAUUCUUGGGUGUGUGCCUUGGACUGCAGUGUGCAGUGAUCGAGUUCUCUCGUAACGUCUUAGGGUGGCAAGAUGCAAACUCUGCCGAGAUAGACUCCAAGACUUCACACCCUGUUAUUAUUGAAAUGCCUGAGCACAAUGUGGGCCAGAUGGGAGGUACAAUGCGUCUUGGCAAGCGAGAGACAAUCUUCAACACGGAGGACUCUUUGUUGAGGAAGCUGUACCAGAACGCAGAGAAAAUUGAAGAAAGGCAUCGGCACCGGUAUGAGGUGAACCCUUCCUAUGUUUCCGAGCUUGAGAAGGCGGGCCUGAAGUUCGUUGGCAAGGACACCUCAGGGAAGCGGAUGGAAGUGAUAGAACUGUCUGAUCACCCAUACUUUGUGGGCGUACAGUUCCACCCAGAGUACAUCAGCCGGCCACUGAAGCCGUCGCCACCUUACAUGGGGCUUGUCUUGGCCUCGUGUGGCCGCCUGAACGGAUUCCUCCUCCGCGGGUGUCGCAUGUCACCUCGGCAAUUGAGUGACGUGGGCUCUUCAUCUGAGGAGGAGGUGCACGAGCCUGUUCCUGUUUGUGUCGAAGAAGAUGUAACUGGAGUACCUGUUCGGGUUUCCGCGCCUAGCCGGGAAUCGGUUAAGCACCAUGACUUGCACCACACAAGUCACCACGACUUGCACCACACAAGUCACCACGACUUGCACCACGCAAGUCACCAAGGAGUACAUAGUGGCACAAUGACGCCGGGGUUUUCGCGAAGCGAAGAUUACCGGUCUGUUGCGACAUGCAACGAUGAUCCUGACCAACCCAGUGACACCGAAGAUCGCUUGUCAUCGCAACGCUGCAAUGGGAAAAUCCUGACAACGGAAGAGGCUGACAAGGCUCAUGACAACAACUGCUUGAACGCCAAGCCUUCCAAAAGUGACAAAUCUCCCAAGCAUCGUGCCUUCCGCUAUGGUAUAAGGAAAGGUAAGCCUGACUGGCUAAACUUUUUGUCAGGUGCUGGUGUGGUUCUCCUCUCAAAGUUCUUUUGUGAAGCCUCCAAGAAACACUUCAUUUUUUUUAAUAGCUGGAUGGCUGAAAUUCGCUGUAGUAGUAGUUAUGUGGGCAGACAGAGACUUGAGAAGCGAGGGAAAGACAAGUGUGGGUUAUCAACUAAAAUGCGCUAUAGUAACAGAGAAAGUAGGCACGAAACAUUUAUCUUACAGUGCCACUCGUCAAUCGCGCAUGUGCAUGUACGUAAAAUAUGGCUGCUUAACUUGUGCUCUUGUCUACAUGCUUGAUUUUUUCUCCACUGGAAUUUAUUUGAGUGUGUAAACUCUAAGCAUUUGUUUUUGCAGCUGUUUGUUUCUGUUUUUCUACCCUUACUCAAUGAUUUCUCAUUAUACAUGUAUUCACGGUCCUUUUCGUUAGAUAUUAAGUGAGGGCUCAAAAGGCAUUACUCUGUAAAUGCUUUCUGAAACACUGUAGUGUCCGUGUUUCUCUAGUGUGAAAAAUGGGAAACCCCAUAAAUAUUUUUAUGAGCAUUAAAGUGUCCUAGCAAGUUCUUUUCUAAUAGACUGCACCAGCAAACUUGCUGUGAUUUCUGUAUCAAUUACAGGUUCUUCUUCGUCGUAUACGUCUGAUAUGUGAGGUGCUGAGAGCAUGUAGUUAUGUGCUUUUUACACCUGGGCACCAAGACGCAUGAAAAUGUGCACCCUGUCUGUGGCCAUCUGUGGUGGGUUUCAGACGCAAUGGGACACCUGGUCACUGAACCAACCUUCAUAGCACCCUCUUCGAAUGGACAUCAUAGAGGAAAGGCGUGAAGCAGGACGAAGUAGGCCGUUUCUGUGCACCUUGACAACUACUUGAAGUGUUGCCAAGUUGUAUUUUUACGUGUAAUCAUUUUAGAAUAUAUCUGCUUGACCAAAUAUUGAAUAAAGUCCAUUUAAGUACUCUCCUGU